ACUCUUCUAUAAAUAGGGGAAAGGUUCAUAAUGCUUUUGACACUUCCAGGUGGUGCCCUCUGGGCAUUUCCGUAUAACAUUCCCGAUUUUUGUUUGUAUUAUCCCGGAGGGUUAGUAACCCUGGAUAACCCAGUAAAGUCACGAUGUCAUCUAGGACUGCCUGUCUUUUCAUUGCAGUCCUUUAAUCCUCUCCCUUGGGAUGCGACCCACAGCAGUCCAGGUACAUACUUGCUGCUAGGUCUUAGGCAAAUUGCCCAAAUGGGGUAAAAAUGAAAAUCUCAGGGGCAUUGAAGACUCAAUAAACGUAAAUAAAAGUGCACAAAUUUAUUAUUUAAUAAGCGAGGCAAAUUACGAAAGUUACAUUUUUUCAAACAAAUAUUUAGUUUCUUAAUAAAAUUAGAAAUCAAUUUGUAGAGACCCUUUCUUAAGUUGACAAUAAUGUAAAACUGAUAAGGAUGCCAGCGGCUGGCAACACCGCGAGUUGCAGCACUGACUCAGGAAACAAACCAUACCACGGGUUAGAACCCGCGAUCAGUCUCAAAACUCCAGACCGUCGCGUUAGCCACUGGGUCAGCUAGUCACACUAAGAUUCAUCUAAUAGUGUCAUUACGAUUUCGUGAGUCAGACUCAGGAGCCGGUACGAUAACCACAUGUCCCAAUGUUGACACUAUCCUCACGUAACUUUUGUCCCGAUGUCCUAUCUCGUUAUCAGUAAUUUCUACUCGAGGACCAAGAUAAGGUAAUGCUUUGUAAUUGGUCGGCUAGGGGGACUACCACAUCCACCACUAGAACCAUAAAUAUACAGCCAUCAUUACACAAGACAGCCCACAUUACGGAUGUAUAUUUAUUAGAUGAUAAAAUGUUGAGAGAAAAUCUUACGGUUUUCUGAUGUCGAUCUGUACUAGAAUAUUUGGAGCAAAAAAGUACAAUGAAGAAACUGAGAAAGGUAUUGACCUUGUGUGUGACACUGGCUAUAUUCUGCUACUGGAAGUUUCGUCCUGACCCCUUCAUCUCCCCUUCAGUUCUCCACGCCCUGCAGUAUCAACUCCGUCAUCAGAUGGAGAAACGAGACAACUUUACAAUACCUCUUGAAGAUCAAUUGACGAAGGAGAUGAUGAUGCCCUUGGAAUUUGCUAAGGAGCCCCACCUUGAUCCUCGUCAAGCAAGUGAUACCAAUUUAAAGAAAAUUCUCAUGUGGAAUGAGUUUUAUGGUAUGACGCACAUGGAGGUGGGGCUGGGCCAGGAGCCCUUCAUAAGAGCUGGCUGCCCCAUCAAUACUUGCUGGCUUAGUGCUAACAGGAGCCUCUUCAAGUACACCGAGUUGGAUGCUGUCAUCUGGUAUGCUGGCAGUUCAGACACUUCAUUCCCGGAGUAUAGGUCGCCACAUACCCGCUACAUAUUCUUCCUGUUGGAGCCUCCAGGGAUAUUGCAGCAGCUUUGGAUAAGCUUGCCACCAUAUACUAAUAUCUUCAACUGGACACUCACCUACAGAUUAGACUCAGACAUUCCCAUACCAUAUGGGCGUGUAAUGAAGUUACGAGAGAGAGAUAAAAAUUGGAUUAACCUAGAUUUCAGUGCAGGCAAAUCAAAGAUGGUGGCAUGGUUUGUCUCAAACUGUAACACUCAAAGUGGCAGACAUAGGGUGGUUAAUACCCUGCAGCAAUAUAUUGAAGUUGACAUCUAUGGCAAGUGUGGCACAUUGAGUUGUGGCACUCAUCACCGGAAUUGGAAAUGUUAUGAAAUGCUUGAUAAGCACUACAAGUUCUACCUCGCCUUUGAGAAUAAUCUUUGUCUGGACUAUGUUACUGAGAAGCUUUUCAACAUCCUUGACAUGAAUGUGAUUCCUAUUGUUUAUGGGGGAGCCGACUACAAACAUCUCCUUCCCCCUCACUCGUACAUAGAUGUUAUGGAGUUUCCGGAUAUCAAGUCUCUGGCUGACUAUCUCCUCUAUCUCCAUGCCAAUGAUACAGCCUACAAUCAGUAUUUUGAAUGGAAGCAGUAUUAUCAAGUAGUGACAAGAUGGGCAUCAAGAAUGCGAGCAUGGUGUAGACUCUGUGAGAAACUUCACACACAACCCACAUCAAAGAUCUACCCAGAUAUGCACGACUGGUUCUACACAAAAGGACAGUGUAAAGUGCCCUCAGACUGAAUCAUCAUGUAAAAAGUAAACUUUAAGGUUUCAUAGGUAUACAAUUUAAUAUCUUUUUUUACCAUAUUCAGGGUUCCAUAUAAGAACAUAACAGAAAAAUGGAGGAACACUGCAGUAGGCCUGUUGGCUCAUACUAGGCAGGUCCUUCACAAAUCCAACCCACUAACAGAAUAAACACUGUGAUGAAUGAUUUAGAAAACCGACAAGUUGAAGAACUGAGACACUUAUGAAGCGACAUUUGAAGUGUUUUCACUUUUGGGCAGGUAUUAUACCUUGAGGUGAAAAAGGACUAGACUAAACAGGUUCAAGAGAGACUUGGGGAGUUUGUGGGAAAUUACAGUAAAAUGGUCAAAGAGCAGCAGCAGUCAUGUGAUCAUUAAGAACAAUUAUGCAGAGUGACAUAACUGACAGGUUGGUUGAAGUUAACAAAUAUAGAACAGAACAUUUAUCAAGAAGAUUUCACCUGUAUAACAGGCUCUUUCCAAGUCAGCGAUUGACUUGAAAAAGCUUGUCACACUGGUACUGUAUAACCCUUAUGAGUUUAGCACUUAGUUUUGAUUGUUGUAAUGAUUUGUUAUACUGGCAAUACAUCAGCUCAGUGAAAGCUGUUCUCAUUUGUCUAUUUCAACCAAGAAUAGUGUUCUUUAGGAGUUUGUUGGUGAUUGGGUAAGCCCUGGAGGGAAAACUUAAAUAUGCCACCAUUGGUGUUGUAAAUUGUUCCGUAAUUUUGAAAAAUUGUUUUCCAAGCUUAAAAAAAAAAAAAAAAAAAAAAACAGCCAGUCCCUGUAGCAACCACAGAACUCAAAUUCCUUACCGAGUCUGCUCACUGGGUGAGAAUGCAGCCAAUGUGAAUCCAGUAUCCUUGAGUUUAUUAUACAUACAUUGUAAUUCAGCUCACUGGAAAUUUUACUACAUUGGAGAUUUACCAAGCCAUUUAAAAAAGGAUCCCUUGUAAUUAAUAUGGCUUGCUUUUACCUAAAUUAUGAUUUGAAAAUAGUGUAUAAUUUUGAUAUUGUUUUAUCAUAAAGCUUCCAUCAGUUUUAAUUGCACUACUAAAGCUCUAAGAAUAAAAUAUCAGCAAGAAGCACAAGUCCUACAAUUUGUACUGUGCUUCUAUAACCCAAACAAGUGUUUAAACUUUAACCUGAUUUACCUUGUGUAGUAUGUUAGAUAAUACAAGUGGCAUCUGUCAAAAGACAGUCUUACAUCAGUGGGAGCUUAACAAACUUUCAAGUGAUAGUUUCAGUGAGCAAAUAAAGUCAACUAAUCCAUUAUCAUUUAUUAUCUCAAGCUGAGCAUCAAUUAUUUACACAAGUCUAUAAAUUAUAUGGCAUUAAGAUGCACUUGCAGAUGUUCUGGAAUAACUAAUGCAUUAGUUAAAGAAAGCAAGAUAAACUUAUGGAAACUACCAAGA